AUGUUCUGGCGCUUCGGCGGGUACGCACAGCUGUCGUCGCUGGACAGCAUCCUCGACAAGCCCGACGUCACCGUCGAGGAGCUGCUGGACGAGUCCGACCUCAUACAGGAGCUGAAGCAGCAGAACUCGAAGCUCAUCGAGUACCUGCGCGACGAGAACGUCCUCGAGCGCCUGCUGCGCUACGUCACAGCGGCCGCAAGCCCGUCAGAGCCGUCUGAAGCAGGCACCCCCAGUGAAGGCGUUGGCGACGUUGGGAGUCCCAGCCGCUCGAGCUUCUUCGGCAAGGUCGCAGGCAGAGCGCGUUCGCAGUCCAACGCAAAGUCCGAUGCCGGCGAUGGCGAAGAGAGCAAGGAAGAGAGGCAGCGUAUGAAGUAUGCCUACGUCUCCUGCGAGAUUCUGUCCUCCGAGGUCUGGUCCAUAUCAGAGGCUGUCCUGGAGAACCAGGACUCGCUGAAGCACUUCUGGGCCUACAUCAGGCAGCCUGUCCCACUCGACCCUGUCCAGGCUGGCUACUUCACCAAAGUGAACGAGUCGUUGCUGGACCGCAAGAUGGAGGAGAUGUUGGACUUUUUCAAAUCCUUGGACAAUGUCGUCACCGACAUGCUCCAGCAUGUCGACUGCCCGGUCAUCAUGGACCUGCUGCUCAAGAUCAUCAGCCUCGAGAAGAGUGAGGGCGGCCAGGGCAUCGUCGACUGGCUGCAGCAGCAGGACCUUAUCCCCCGACUGAUCGCCUUCCUCGGCCCUGACCACUCCACCUCGACACAAACCUCAGCUGGCGACUUCCUGAAGGCCAUCAUAACAAUAUCGGCCAACGCGACCACCCAGGAUCAGUCGGUGAUAGGGCCCAACGAACUCACGCGCCAGCUUGUUUCCGAGGCAUGCCUCAAGCAAUUGAUCGAACACAUGCUGCGCGGUGGAAAUCCCUUGACUGUGGGCGUGGGCAUCAUCAUCGAGGUCAUCCGCAAGAACAACUCUGACUACGACUUGGAGAAUCAGAUUGGACCCGUACCUAAGAACUCAGACCCUAUCUAUUUGGGCACGCUGCUACGCCAGUUCGCGAACCACAUCCCACAGUUUAUGGAGUUGGUCCACAGUUCCAGCAGGCUUGUCGUACAGAACGACGGCUCCACAGCGAUGAAGAAGCGGGAGCUGAAGACAGCAUUCGGGGAGAAGAUCGAGCCGCUGGGAUUCGAUCGUUUUAAGACAUGCGAACUCAUGGCUGAGUUGUUGCAUUGCAGCAACAUGGCUCUUCUCAACGAGCGCGGAAGCGAGGCCGAGGUCAAGAGACGGGAUGCUGAGCGCGAACGCCUGAAGGCCGAGGGCAAACUCCUUGCAGGCAACCCGGCCAACCUCGGUGAUUUCUCGACCAGCGUGGACAGCCAGGGCUUCCACCAUGCACGAGCACCUUCCGUGGACUCGCCUGAGGAGAUCAAGCCACUCCAAGUCCAGAACAACUCCGAAGAUGAUUUUGAGAAGGUCACCGCGCCGGACGUCGCCGUAGCAACGAUAGAAGCCACUGAGAAGGAGCAGAUUGGCGAACCUCUGGAGCGCUCGCCCAAGUCAGAUCCCAAGGAAUCGCCUGUCGAGAAGUCAGGCGAGGGCGAUGGCGAGUUUGUGGACGAGCCACUUACGCCACCCAAUGAUGCAGCGUCGCCCGCUGCGACUACACCUGCAAAGGCUGCAGAUGAUGCGGAGUCCCCAACGUCGGCUGGCCUGACAUCGAAGGUCGGAGGUCUCGAUCUAGACCACGACACCGUUAUGGACGACAGAGACAGAGAAGAAGCAGUAGAAGAACCCAAAGAGGAGACUGAGUCAAAGGCCUCCCCAUCGCUCCUAACACAACAGUUGAACCAGACUUCAGAAGAGCCAGAGCCGCUGUCGCCACAUGCUGACGACAAACCUGCACCACUCUUCGCGGGUAAGAACCGUGAAGGAAGCACUGAGACCGCAAAGAUUGAUACUUCGCGGUUUACAGCAGCAGCUCCAGAUGCAGAUGCCGCAGAAGCAACACCCAUCGACGAAGCAUCAAGCGCACGAUCCGUGGUUUUCGGAAACACUGAGAAGCAAGAAAAUCAGCAAUUCGAGAUCGACGUUGAUGGUACCCCCGUUGUUGGCGAUCUCCUAAAGCUUACCUUUGUCGAGAACAAGGUCGUACCAACUAUUCUCGACUUCUUCUUCCGCUUCCCGUGGAACAACUUCCUUCACAAUGUCGUUUACGAUGUUGUACAGCAAGUGUUCAACGGUCAGAUGGACCGUGGCUACAACCGGUCCUUAGCUGUCGACCUUUUCCAGACCGGGCGCAUCACCGAGAGGAUCAUCGAAGGCCAGCAAGAAAGCGACAAAGCUCAGCAGGAGACUCACAUGAGGUUGGGCUACAUGGGUCACCUGACUCUGAUUGCAGAAGAGGUGCUCAAAUUCACAGAAAGGCAUCCAACAGAGAUACUCUCCCAGGCAGUUGUCGAUAAAGUCCACAGUGAAGAGUGGAUCCAUUACGUCGAGCACGUCCUGUCAGACACUCGCGAGAGGGAUAACGCAAUUCUGGGUGGCGUUCGGCCAGACAUGAGCGUUGGCCCAAGACAAGCUGUACUCAACGCAGUGAAUGCCGCAUCUGGAUUUGGUGGCGACGGCGGCCUCUCGAAUGCAAGCAUUGGCAACAACGGAGCUGUUGGCCUCGACAGCAUGGACCUCGCCCAGCAAGGUGACACCGGUGGUGGGUACACUUUCAGCGGUGGCUCCUUGCUUAGCGGGUUUACUAAUUCGAGUGAUGAAGAAGACGAAGACAUGGAAGACGACGAUGGAAACAGGGAUCGACAGGGACCUGUCGACGACUCCGAACAAUCCAAGAUACCACCUCCACUUCAAGUGCCACCCUCACGCGCCCGCCGCCAAUUCGCCCUCCGUCUCGCCCAACGCAAAGCCGAACUGGAAGGGUCACAGCAAAACGAUGACGAUGCUGGCGAUGAUCUUGAUGACGAAAAGACACAAGAGCAAGAGGAAAGAGAAGGGUAUCAACGUUUGCGAAGAAUGUUCGACGACAUCGAGAGCGACUCCGACGAUGGAAGCCUGAGUAGUGUUGAGGGUGAGAUUGUGGGCAGACUCGAUGUAGAAGUUCGGCCAAGUCCGGAGAAAGAGAGGAAGCCGGAGGGCAGUAGGAUUCCAAAGCUAGACGACGAUGACAAUGUAGUUGUCCUGUAG